AUGCACCUCUUGGCGAUCCCGUGCUUCGCUCCUGGCGUCUCGCUCGCCCCUGGCGUGCAGCACGGCGCCGCGGCCGGCGCCGCGAGCCGCGCCGGCGCGCCGGUGCUGCAGGCGACCGAGCUGCGCAUCGAGACCCCGCCGGGCGGCGCGGCCGAGCUGCUGCGUGCGGCUCCGAACUGGACGCCGGCGCCGGGCGAGCACGACAUCCUGCUCCGCGCGGCGCGCGGCGAGGCGGUGGAGCGCACGCCGGUGUGGCUCAUGCGGCAGGCGGGCCGCUACAUGGCCGCCUUCCGCGAGUACUCCACAAAGUACCCCUUCCGUAUGCGGAGCGAGACGCCCGAGGUCGCCAUCGAGCUGUCGCUGCAGCCGUGGCGCGCGUUCGGCGUGGACGGCGUGGUGAUGUUUUCGGACAUACUGACGCCGCUGCCCGCCAUGGGCGUCGAUUUCGACGUCGUCCGCGGCACCGGCCCCGUCAUCCCGCAGCCGCUCCGCACCGCCGCCGACGUCGCCGCGCUGACGCCGAUCGACGACUUUGAAUCGAAGCUCGGCUUCAUCCGCACGAUCCUGGGCUCGCUGCGCAAGGAGACGGAGGGCGGGUGCACGCUCAUCGGCUUUGUCGGCUCGCCCUUCACCCUCGUCGCCUACGCCGUCGAGGGCCAGGCCAACCGCCACUGCAUCUCGACGAAACAGAUGAUGACGGCCGCGCCCGAGGUGCUGCACGCCGCGCUCGACCACUUCGCCACCGAGAUUGGAAAGUACGGCUGCCACCAGAUCGAGUGCGGCGCUCAGACCAUCCAGUUCUUCGAGUCGUGGGCGCACCACCUCGGAGCCGGCCAGUUUGACACCUUCGCCAAGCCGUACGCAGACAAGGCGAUGCGAUACAUCAAGGAGCGCCACCCGGACGUGCCGAUCAUCUACUAUGCCAACGGCGGGUCGCCGUACCUCGAGCUGCAGCGCGACAUGGCGGCGGACAUGAUCCAGCUCGAUUGGGGCACCGACAUGGCCACCGCGAGGCGCCGCCUCGGGACGGAGCGCCGCGUGGCCGGCAACGUCGACCCGACUGUCCUGUUUGGCUCGGAGGCGCAGAUCACGGCGGCGGUGCACCAAAACAUACGCGACGCGGGCGGCAAGGGGCAGCACCUCCUCAACCUCGGCCACGGAGUGCUGCAGGGCACGCCCGAGGCGUCCGUGGCGGCGUUUGUCAACGCCGCAAAGUCGUUCUCGGAGUGACGCGGCGCGCGCCGUUCGCAGUGCCUAGUGGAGACGAACCAGGGGACUUCGCGUCAUGAUAUCUGCCAUCUCUCACGAGUCACGUAAAAGAGUCGUCUAAAGAC